UGUGUGCGUGUUAACAUCGUGAAAGAGCGAAUCGCGAUCUUUUGGAUUUUAGAAUUUUUUUCUUUUUAUUUUUUUUAAUUUUUAGGUAUUAUUUGUAGAUUGAGUAUGUGUACAAUUGACCAAAUUGAACAAUUUAGAUUAUCGAGAGUAAUACAUUCUUCGUGUGUCGUGUGUGGGCACGAGGCAUAUUCGGAUUAUUAUGGAAAUUUUGCUUGUAAAAAGUGCAUAAAGUUUUUCUUAAGAAGCAUACAUUUUAGAAAAAUAUAUAAAUGUAAAACCAAUUCAGGAAAAUGCCGAAAUAUUUAUGAUAAAUCGCCAUCGUGUAAAUUUUGCUUUUUAGAAGAAAUGUACAAGUUAGGAUUGAAUCCAAUAAGAUUCGGUAGACACGAUAAAGGAUGGUACAUGAAAGAUAAAAUUCCAAACUUACGUAGAGUACCUGUGAUUGGAGAACUUGAAUGGAAUACAAAAGCAUGGAGAGAUUUUUACAGAUUAAUAUCUUAUAUGCAUAAGAAAAUUUUAAAUUUUGUUCGAUGGACAAAUGAAAAUCCGCCAAUUUCCGGGCCGUUGGAAAUUGAUCUGCAGGAUUUACAAUAUCUUCAAUAUGUGAGAAGAGGAAUUUUAGUAGGAAUGAUAAGUGAUUCUUUACAUCGACACGAUGUAUUGAAAGUCGGAAAUCUGUAUUGUGAUCCGUAUAAAUGUGAACAUAUAUACGUGCAAAGAUUUACAAGCGAUAUUUUAAAUAUUAAAAGAGAAUUUGACCAAAUUUUUCAGAAGAAUACGCUCUCUGUUGAAGAAAAAAAGAUGAUUAUUUAUGUGAGUCAUUUUCAAUUUCUUGGUGAAGUUGAACAAUUAAUUAUUCAACAAUAGAUAAAUUUGCCGAAUUUGUUUAUAUGCAAACGGACAACAUUUAUCAAUUGUAUUUUAAGCAUAUGUAAACUAAAAACUAAUGUUUUAUAAAUCCGAUUUAAAAAAAAAAAAUCUAUUUUAAUAAAUUUACUUUUACGAGGUGAUUAUAAUGUCAUACAGAAUAAAAUAUGUCAGAUUUAACUUAAAUAUUGUUUUAUCUUUUGGCUUUGAAUUAACCUAAAAAAGAGUAUGUAGGCAUGAAUGUGGUACGUGGUGACGUUGUGGGAACUGAAGGGGACUGUGGGAACUGAAGGGAAGGACGUUGUGGGCCUGUAGGUCCUCUGUGCCC